UGCCGCGCUACCGGCUGAGCUUCCAGCAUCAUCGGCAGCUUCCCAAGAACUCGGUGCGUCUUCUACACCAGGAAUUACUCAACUCACCACGCUGCAGAAGAAAUGGAUGACUAGGCUUCAGGGCAGCAACACAAAGAGCUGAGUUAGGCUGCCCUUACUUUCUUGUGAUAUCCGAGUACUUGACACUAAAUUGUUGCAUUCUGACACUCCUAAAUGGAGCCUGGAGCUACCAGGAGGACGAGCCGGUUUUCUUCAUAUGAGAGGUUGGUGGCCAUCGGAUUGGCGCUUCUAGCUGUGCUUUCUCCUCUCUAUAUUGAUCAAACAACAGGAGAUGAUUCAGAACUUGAGUUGCAAGAGCCCAUCAAUUUUGCUGCUUGGCUGCCUCUGCUGCUCGUGGUGUUGAUUUUGGCCAUCACUUUCUCGCUUUACUUGGACCGAAGCUUUACCAGGUUUGAUCCUUACUGGAUUUACAGAGUUGGCGGUUCUUCAAGUGGUAUUAUAGUAACUCUCUUGGUUCUGGCGUUGGUUUUGAAGUGUAAAGCUUCUGCUUGGAACUGGGAGGCUUAACUCAACUCUGUUUGCAGUACUGGUUUUUCUGCCAUGUAACUUGGGUACUGUUUUUACAGGGCACACUUCAUGUAUCUUCCUUUAAAUAAGACCAACAGUAAGCAGUUUUUGGUUGAAUCCAAAAUGUUGAGGUUUUUGUGUUUGGAUCGACUCAGCUGCUUUGUUCAUUAUAUAGGUAAACCAAUCUCCUCACCU